AUGUCGGCGCGGGCGAGACGACGGUGCCAAACGAAAUCAGCAAAGGGUACGGCCUCUUUUGGAAAGCCCUCAAUCAAGGGUCGCCACGUAUCGCAGCCUAACAUCUGGACGGAGCACACGUAUGUGGGCCCCACGCAUCUGCCUCGGCAUUUAUUGGCUCGUUUAAUGAGGCGCACCCAAUAA